CACUACAAAAUUUAGUCGAACUCUAGACAUCGUUGGAGAUAGUCGUGUUCAAUUGACUAGAGUACUACGCAUUCAGUGAUUCUUUCGUCAUAACAUUGUGAUAGUGACAAAAUCAUUUGGGACGUGAAAAAGUGGGAGUGUAUUAACAUUAUUAAUUUUUAUUACAAACAAUUACCGAGACGUUUCUGUGUUUUGCUGUUCUAGUGAAACUAUGACAUUGUUCUUUCUAUUUGGAUAAUUCCGGAUAAGGAGUGCAAAAUAACCGCAAAUAUUUUUAACCACAUUGAGGAUCCCUGCGGACCCAACGUCGUCCGCCAAAAUAUGGUUGCUGAGUUUAUAUUGAGCCAGCAGCAUUUGAUGGGUGGGGGUGCUGCCAUGGGGCCAGGACCAACCCCCUCCAGAGUGCCGCCGCCGCAAAGGCCGCGCCUCUCAGUCUCACCACACUACCCUAUGGAUCAAUCUCCUUCUUCCAAUGGCUCAGCCGAACAUCAAGAUUUCGGCAACUCAUUUGACUACAAUAAGAGGAAGGAGUUCUUCGGACAGCGUAAGCAAAGGGAGUUCAUCCCUGACAGCAAGAAAGAUGAUGGCUACUGGGACCGCAGACGGCGUAACAAUGAAGCCGCUAAGCGCUCCCGCGAAAAACGCCGUUUCAAUGACAUGGUUCUUGAACAACGAGUCGUCGAACUCUCAAAAGAAAACCAUGUGUUAAAGGCUCAAUUAGAUGCAAUUAAAGAAAAAUAUGGAAUCUGUGGAGAGGCGCUUAUCAGCAUCGACCAAGUCUUAGCCACAUUACCGACAUGCGAUCAAGUACUGUGCGUUACAAAGAGAACUAAAUUAACAGGCAACGCUCUAUUUCCUGCCGCGCCACCUCCACCUCCUCCGAUACCUUCUGCAUCGCCGCCACCUCCGAUACCUCAGCGUGCGCCCGAACCUUACCAGGAAAGGCUUCCAGCCCCUGAGGCUUAUUACCCUCACCCAGCCCACUACGAACCACCAGGUUCCGUUCUCAACCUUUCAAGAUCUCGCCGUGCUCCCUCACCUUAUGAACUCUCCUCCCUCUCGGGUUCCGGAGAUGAAACUGGUGAACAAUACGCCCACGAAAAUAAUGGACUCCCAUUAAAAUUACGCCACAAAUCACACUUGGGUGACAAAGAUGUUGCCAGCGCUCUUCUUUCCCUCCAACACAUCAAGCAAGAGCCAGGACCACGUUCAUCGCCAUCUUGGGAUGGUGAAGGGUCCAGUGACGAAAGGGACUCGGGGAUCUCACUGGGAGUCGAAUACAGACCGCAGCGGCCUGUCAGCGACGAGAGGUUAGCAGAGGAAGAAGAUGCUCACCUUAAGGCCGAGCUAGCGCGGCUGGCUACUGAAGUCGCAACACUUAAAAACAUGAUGCACCAGAACAAGACUCGUGUUUUGGAACAUUGAGCGAGAUCGAUUUGCGCCUGGACCGCGCCCGCCUCGCUCCUUCCGUGUUAUUCGUACAAACUGUCUCAACCUGUCCCCUCCCGUGUAGAAGAAGUUACCACGUAAAGAGAUGUAUAUUGUAUGAUAGUGCAGCUGACCGCGGCCAAGUCGCAUCGCCUAUUUGUUAUCCUUCCUAGUAGUCGUAUUAAAUGUUUAGGUUAGAGAUAGUUAAGUGACGUUGUGGAGCUCCAUAUGAGACUAAUUUUCGGUUUAGACUUUUCGAGAAGAUAAAACUUUACUACUCAUGAUAGAUUUUAAAAUGAUGCAUUUUUAGUGGUGAGCUAUGUAAGUGUAAUAUAGGUAAAGACGUAGAUAUGUUUCAUCUUUUCGAAGACUCAAUUUGUGAAAAUCGAUAGCUAAAGACUAUGUUUCGUGUAAGGUAGACUUAAGUCAAUGUAAGUAAAUAUAAGUCCAAUCUAGUUUAUUUAUAAAUUUUAUACGUAGUCCUUCUCAUUCGGAAAGCCUGUUAAAACCAAAAAAUAUCCUCUAGCUGUCAGGAAUCGCAAAUUAAAAAUUGUAUCUAUAAUCAGAUUAAGAAUACCAGUGCCUUUGACAAUACAUACCUACCUUUAAAAUAGUUGAACUAAAUGUAAUAUUUUUAUAAAUUUCUAUAAAGAUGCGAUUUCAUAGCAACGGCCACCCUUACCAUGUGUUAGCAUCUAGUAUUAUGUCGUUUAAAAUUGAUGGAACGCAUGGCGUAUUUCGUUUUAAGUCGAUGUUGUUUCGUGCAAAUAACCCAUGGUUGGGGACUAACUCCUAUGUAUCGAGUAUUUAUAAGUUGCUCCUAAAUUGCCCAAAGGGCAUGUGAUAGAACUAAUGGAGUUUAAGUAUUUAUUUAUUCGGACCGUGAAAGAGGAUUUUACAAUUUAUUAUCUUUGUAUAAGAAACACUAUACGAUAUCAAUAAAUUGUGUACAUAAAAA